GGUUUCUUCUUGAAUCCCAAGUUUACAAGACAUACAGCAAUGUUGUUUAGAUUCUUGAUUUUGAUUCACGUGUGUGCCUCUUUCCCAUUAAAAUGUCCUGAACCAGCGCAGUGGUCACUCCGUGCAAGAAGUCAUUGUCCAGAUUCGUCUAAGUAUUUUUGCCUGAAGAAUGAUCUUAUAAACGGAUAUUCUGAAAACUGCACAGUAUUCGAUUUUCUACAGCCAGGUAGAAAAAAUGUUCUUCGUGGAGGAUUAGAUGCAGACAUUUGUUCGCCAGAGCGUUACCAACCAUGGCCGAUAACUUUCUUCACAAAUGCUAGUACAAACUGUAUCUUUCUGAAGUCUCUGUGUAAUGAGGAGGGACAAGUGAUCUACGAUAAAGGAAACCGUAACAUCGAUACUUCUUGCCGAUGUGACUACACGAGAGGAUAUAAUUUCCUUUUUAAACCUCGCAAUUCUUGUUUUUGUGUACCAUCAAAAGAAGAUUGUUCGUGUUAUCUAAAGAAAUGUCCUAAAUCGACUGACAUGUUGUCACCAGAUUAUGAAUGCAUUCGUGUAGAAAAUCACAUAACUGUCUCUGAAUGUAAACCAAUUAUCUACGAAAGUGUAAGCAAGAAUACAACGGAUUUUAUACCUAGGAGGGAACUAAUUUCAUAUAAUGGUAUGUAUUUACUUAAAUGGCUUAAUGAUGUUUGA